AUGCAAGAACAUGAUUUAAUUCAACAAGAUAUUGGAUUAUCAAUAGAUAAUGAUUUAUUAUUGAAAGAAACUGAUAAAUGGAAACAAGAAUCUAUGAAAAGAAUUCAAUUAGCAGCUGAAAAAGUUCGAACUGAUCUAAAACAAAUUCUUGAAAGUUCAAAUAAUCAAAUUUUAAAAACAUGUCGAAAUGUUGCAUCGAAACUUCUUUCUGCACGAGAAGCUGAAACUUUUUCAGAAAUUGAUUUAAAACGAUGGACAGAACAAUUAAAUGAACUUAAAUCACAAAUAAAAUUAUUACCCAUGAUUCAUAUUGUAGAAGAUAAUAAAAUUGAAGAAAUAUUUAUUGAAGGAAAUGGUUUAGCUAUUAUCGAAGAUGGUGGUCUUCGUAUCAAACAUAUUGAUAGUGAUCAUAAAUUUAUUUUUUUUCGUGGUCAAAAAUCUUAUACGAAUGGUUGUCAUACGUUGCAAUUUAAAAUUGAACAUAGUACAGGUUCUUAUGAUACUUUUAUUGGUAUUUCUUCAUCUGAUAUUAAUUUACGACAGAUUAUGUAUCAUUUAACUGUUGUUGCUAGUUGGUUUAAUACUACUGAAGUAUGGCUACAUGGAAGAUGUAUUAAAAAUACUAAACUUCAAGGAUCGAAAAACGAUGAAAUAAAAACUAAUGAUAUAAUUCAACUAACAAUUGAUUCCUGUCCAGCACAAAGCUCAUUAAUAACUUUUGAUGAUAUAAUAACUACAACAAGUAUAUCAGGAAUUCCAGUACCAAGCGGCUAUAAUCGUUUAAAUUGGCAAAAUGUUCUGGUUGUGAAUGGUGUAAACUAUUUUACUCCUAAUACUGGCUAUACAACGGGUGUUGUUAGUCCUCCAUAUCUUGUCUUUAAUGGAUAUGGUAAUCCAAUGGCUGUCACAAAUAUGGCUACCAGUACAUUUACAAUAAAUUCAUUUUAUUCAUGCGCAGCUUGGCAUGAUAACACUGUAUUGACAAUGAUCGGUACAAGAUCAGGCACCGUUUUGUAUACGAAAAAAGUAGAACUAUUUACAGAAAAGAGAACCUUUGUUGAACUUAACUGGUCUGGCAUCGAUAGCAUAAAUUUCAACUCGAGCUGUGGUUCAUGCGAUGCGAGUCAUGUCACAAUGGAUAAUUUGUGUGUCACAUUCUAAAAACGAGAUGUUAAAAAACACAAAGAUUGGUGUUCAUAGAAAUAAAAUUGUUCUUCACUCUUAAAGGCUAUGCGGUUCAACAAUUGACAGCGGCCCUUUUUUUAACCAAAUAAGAAUGGCAUAGCUGGCCGUCGGAAAAAUUUUGAUUUUGAUCUCGUACAUUGCAUUGGAAGACCUAUAGAAAGUUGGCGCAUGGGCCAAAAAAACUCAGCUCUUGAAAGCUAACCUGAACGAAGAUAUCAUAGAUAACAUUUUAGCCUCAUACACGUCUAUGACAAAAUAAGCAAAAAACGGGCACGUUUGGUAUUUUUCAUGUAUUUCAGUCAUUUCUCCACCAUUUUUGGCGUGAAAACCACCAAUCGAUAGAUCAUUAAAAAAUCCAUCGAACGCUUUCCUAUGUUACGCGUCAGCAGAUGCUGAAAUGUAAUUAUAAUACAGCCAUAAUCAUAAUAAAAUUUGAAGACUAUUCGGGCUCUAUCUCUGCCCAUUGGUGAUAUUACACAAAUCUGAUGAUACAUUCGGAAAGCUCGUGAAAUUUUGCAUCAAUAUAGAUUAAAAUGAAAACAAAAUUUUACUCGACAAACUGGUUAGAGACACUUACAACACCAUCAGUCCCCGUGACUGAAGCAAUUCUUACCAGUGUCAAAAGCAGAGAGAGAUGAGUGUCAGCUACAUAACCCAGCAAUCAAGACAGCUACAUAUCUGCGGAUUUUGGUAUUCGAAAGAGGACAUCGGGAAUCAUCUGUCCAUAUUAGAUUUGAUCGGUCAAUCAAGUGGACAAGGGUGUGGGCGCGGAGUGUCGAUGUGGGGUGUGGGUGUCGGUGUGGGUGUGGGUUGGUGUGAGGUGUGAGUCUGGGGUGUUGGUGGGUGUGGGUGUGGGUGUGGAUGUGGGGCGUGGGUGUGGGAUGGGGGUGUGGGUGUGGGUGCGGAUGUGAGUCUUAUUCUCAUACCACACCCACACCCACGCCCACACGCCCACACAGCCACAGCCACAGCCACACCCACACACCCACACCCACACACCCACACCCACACACCCACACCCACACGCACACCCACAUGCACACCCACCCACACCCACACCCACACCCACACCCACAACCACCCACACCCAUACCCACACCCACCCACACUCAUAGCCAAGAUGUGUGCGUGGAAGGAUGUGGAAGCCGUCUCUCCCCCUGAAUGUGCUUGUCCGCACCCACACCUGCUGGCGUGAUGUGUGGAAAAAUGAAUAAUUGAACAGUUGAACAGUUGAACUUCAACUAUCCAAAAAAAAUGAAUAGUUGAAUAAUUGAAUAAUUGAAUAGUUGAAGUAAAUUUUCAAUAAUUGAAUUCAACUUUCAGAUUUGACAUGGAUGAAUUCGAGAUGAAUUUCCUCUUUGGUUGAUUCCAAAUGUAGGUAGUAUUCAGGUCACUCCUAAUUGGAAUGUCCUCUAGUAAGAUUUUUAUUAUUGUUUUAAUAAUAAAAAUAAUCGGUCACGGCACCAAAUAUUCAUACAAUGGGCUAUUUAAUUUCAGUCUGAAUUUAUCAAAUAAAAAUAAUACUUGAUUUCAAACUGAAACGUGAGUCUAGGAGUGAGGGGGGGGGUGACUGAGGGUGUGGGUGUUGGUCUGGGAUCCACACACACACCCACACCCAUGGUGCGGGUGUGGGCGCGCGAGUGAGGGUGAGGGUGUGCUAGUGGUUUUGUGUACUAUAGGCUUUAGUCCCCUGCGCAGGGGACUAAGCGGGGACUAAGCUUUUUGUGGGGGGGACUAAGGGGGACUUUGCAGGACUAGGGGGGACUAAGGGUUUUUAGUGAGACUACGUAGUAUCAAACGAGAAAAGUUUGAUUCGGAAGAAAUUGGUGUGGUUUUUUUGAUUUUAGAAUUCAGUUUGAAAUAAAAAAGCCCAUAGACUCCAAAUAUUAGAGGUCUAAUGUUCGACCUUUUCUCUAUUUAUUUUCUAAAUCAAAAAUGUCCUUACACACAGGUACAUACAUCACACUCUACUCACUCUCUUUCUAUCUAUCCUUCAACGGAAAAAAACGUAUAUAUAUUAACUAUAUCCAGGGUUUGGAAGAAAAACACAAGUAACGCUCGUCGUUACGACUCACUUAGCCCUCGACUGAAUCCCGUUCAUUCAUUAUCUCUCAUUACCUUCUAGAUUUCGUUGUGAAAACUAUUAUUAUAUACACAUACAUGUAUGAAAAAACCGUAUACUAUUGUAGGAGAUGACCACUUUCUAAAAAGAUUUCGCUUUUCAAUUUUCUCCUAGGAUUUUCCAAAUUUAACCGUAAGAGGCAGCUCACAGUUAGUCGCCGGUGUCAAUACGAGCCACCACUCGCGACUGCUCGCUUGCGUAUAUGACACCGGCAUGGUUUUAAACAGUCCUUCACUUUCUUCUUAAUCCUUUCGCUUUGUGAUUUUUUGACAAAUUGUUAAUGUUCCUAACCAUUGCACACAGUAACAUACAUUUCAUUCUCAUUUUUCUGCAAGACCUUCUUCUGUCUGAAGCUACAACGUCAGCCCUUUGUGUGUCAUUAUCGCUAUUCGUGGUUCGUAACUCCUUAUCCCAGUCCAUUUAUCGAGGAUCAAAACUCAUAUUACCGCACUGAGUUUUUCGCAGUUUUCAGACACUUUCAACCGGUGAGAUUCGAUCAAUGAGCAAUUUUAUAUAAAUUUCGCCGGCCCAAGGUGUACCUUCGGCGAACCCGCCAGAUCACGGGUUAGUCGUUCGUCGGUGCCCCUUUAGGGCGCCACUCAUGGCUAGCCGGUUUCAUGUUUAAACCAACAUACCCAGUAAAUCACCCUCUUUUCUUCGCAUUCUAGUCGAGUCACGUUUGGCUUACUGUAAAACAUUGUUGUAUUUAUAACAAAAAAAUUCUAGGUGAGAAGUUCAAAAAAACCAUAGUU